CGUCGCAAUCAGACGGACGGACGGACACACACAGUACACAACAGUACAGCAGUACUACCAUCAUCAUCAACUCCAUCUUCUUGCAGCUCCGUUUGCUGGUCGUGUGGAUCGUAGAUUUGCUGCUGCUUUAGCUCCCCCACUGCGAGGAAAUUUUAUGCUGUGAAAAGCUAACAAACCAUACUACUUUACUGAAAAAGUUAGGAAGUGUGAUAAUUGUGAAGCAAAAGUUGCCCUAGAUCAUCACAAGGAAGUAGAGAGAGCCAGCCCCCCGCUUGUGGCUGGUUGUUUUUCUUGCCACUUCUUUUGUCUUGCCCGUACUAGUUCGAAAGGUGCGACAGCAUUGAGCCAAGGGUUACGUUCAACCUCGUUCACACCCACUGACCCCUUGUGGGGCGGGGUGUGCUGCUCCUUCGUAUUCGAUGGUGGCGGUGGUGGUGUCCCAGCAGUCAGUUGUCCCCUGACCAACGCAACUGAACCGUCGUCAUUUCGGUUUCAGUUUUGCUUUCGAUCGCGAAGGCCCAUCAAAAGCCAACGGUGGAGAAACGGAUGAGGCAAAGAGGUGCCACGGGCCAAGAGAGACACAAAAGCUCAUCACUACUACUACCACCACCAACACAACACAUCGCUGCUAAUGAUAAUCGUAGUGAGCCAUUCCGCGAGACAGGUUGCCCAUGGUAGCACCAAAUCGUGGAUAGAUUUUGUCAAACAGUUCGAAACGGCUUUGCAGGAAAGGUCAUAGCUUGCAGUUAGUUCAAGAAGCAGUUAAACUUUGCACCCAUUAAAGGAAACGAGCACGAAAAGCAUUGCGAGAAAAUCGGGAAAACGACCAUCACCGUUCAGUUCGUGUAGUUAGGCCCAUCGCUGAAUGUGUGCGUGUUUGCUUACAAUUCGACAUCGCUAGUGUGUUGGUGGACGACUUCUCCGUGUGUGUGUGUGUGUGUGUGUUGUGUAGUGUGCGUACGUAAAAAGAACGAGCGAGAGAAAGAGAGAGUGCGCGAGUGUUAUUAGACAGAGAAAAGUGGUUUUGAUGGUGGGUGUCUCGCUGUCAGCAGGAACAUCAUCAUCAUCAUCAUCAUUCUACACGCUCAGAGGACAAAAGCAAAGUGCAAUCCGCAGUCGGUUCGCGAACUCCAUAACGGUCGAAGCGAAGGGUCCGCGCGCGUACUCGUGAAGAGCGAGACAGAGCGAGAACAAUAGAACGGGGAAAUUGCAGCAGCAGCAGGCGACGACGUCGAAGUGUUUUUGUGUGCGUGUGUGUAUUGGGGCCUUCAUGAUCAUCGCUCAAAUGCAUGGCCGCAAGCAGUAAUUUGAAGAAGCUGUGAAUAUUAUUUGCGGAUUACCGUGUAGUGUUGUGUGUGUCUACUUGAAAAGUACAGCAGUAGCUUCUGUCAGUGAACCGCUUUCCCUUGAGCAGAUCCGCACACACAGACACGCUCGCUUGCUGUCCCUGCUGAUGGCCGACAAUGCGCCUGCAGCCGCUGCAAGUAGUGUGAAGUGUGGUGAUGGUGGUCAGCCUCUCGACAGUUCGCUAAGGUCCUCGAAAAAAAUGUUCAACCCAAACAACAACGUCCAGGGCGGUGCCAGUGGCAGCGGAAGCGGAACCAGCGGCACCAACAGUGCGGCCCCGGGUGCCACCAACAGCGGUGCAACGGCCAGUUCGAUCGACCGUCUCCGGAUGCUGUACCCAAAUGUCAACGAAGCGGUCGACCCGCUGCCCCGUUCCUGGAGCCUGCAGGACAAGUGCAGCACCAUCGGAUUAACGCAAAACAAUCUUCGUGUUCACUACAAAGGAAUUGGUAAAUCACACACAGAUGCAGCCUCAGUGCGUACGGCCUACCCGAUUCCGGCCGCCUGCGGACUGUACUACUUCGAGGUGAAGAUCAUCUCCAAGGGCCGGGACGGAUACAUGGGCAUCGGGCUGACCCAUACAAACUUCAAGAUGAAUCGGCUGCCCGGUUGGGACAAGCAGUCGUACGGCUACCACGGUGACGAUGGCCACUCGUUCUGCUCGUCCGGCAAUGGGCAACCGUACGGGCCCACCUUUACCACCGGUGAUAUUAUUGGUUGUGGCGUCAAUCUGGUCGACAAUACGUGUUUCUACACCAAGAACGGCCACCAUCUGGGCAUCGCUUUCAAGGAUCUACCGCCCCGGUUAUACCCGACGGUGGGACUCCAAACGCCCGGCGAGGUGGUCGAUGCCAACUUCGGUCAGGAACCGUUCAAGUUUGACAUCGAGGACAUGCUGAAGGAGCUGCGGGCCAGCACGAAGGCCACCAUCUACAACUUCCCACUGCCGGAUGAUCAGGGCGACUGGACGGUGAUCCUGCACAAAAUGGUUUCCUCCUAUCUGGUCCACCACGGGUACAGCUCGACGGCGGAAACGUUCGCACGGACCACGGGUCAAACAUUACAGGAAGACAUGACAUCGAUUAAAAAUCGACAAAAAAUUAUCAAACUAGUGCUUUCCGGGCGCAUGGGACAAGCAAUCGAACAAACCAUUCGUCUCUAUCCGGGUCUGCUAGAGUCGAAUCAAAAUCUGCUUUUUAUGCUGAAGUGCCGACAGUUUAUCGAGAUGGUGAACGGAUCUGACUUUGACCUAGGUACUCCUUCGUCGCGUACGAGCCCAGUGCAAACAUCGGUGAUACAAUCAACAAAAAGUUAUCAAAACGGUAGCACCAUUAUUCCGGAUAACGUUGACAAUCAGGGAUACUUAAAAAAUAACGUCCUCAGUAAUAACACCAACAACAAUAAUGGCAACUGCAUCGAAGACGACUACUCGAACGACGUCGAGAUGGAGAACGGUCACAGCAAUAAUAGCGCCACGAAUGGUUACAAAAACGGAACCGCUAAUCGAACGAACGCAAACGAAUCGGGUGAUGGGGAGGAGGAGCAGGAGGAGGAGGAGGAGGAACCGGACACCGGCAGGGAUGAAGAUAUGGACGUGGACUCAUCGCUAUCGCCAAACUGUAAAUCGACGAGUGCCACGGGAAAGUCCGGUGUCGAGCGGAUGCUAGAAUUUGGCCGGGAGCUGUUCCAGAUGAGCCAACGCCUGGAGAAGGAACAUGGUGUUAAUGAAACUAAUCAAAAAAUGUUGGAGGAUGCAUUUAGUUUAUUAGCCUAUUCGAAUCCCUGGGCAAGCCCGCUCGGUUGGCAGCUGUGCCCGUCGCGCCGUGAAGCUGUAUGUGCUGCUCUAAACUCUGCCAUAUUAGAAUCAAUGAAUUACUCAUGGCGACCACCGCUAGAGGUGUGCAUAGCGCAUGCCUGCGAGCUGCUGCGUCUCAUGUCGAGCACGUCCCUCGGUGCGUGCGCGUUCGUCAGCGUGGACGAUAUACUUGCUCAACAUCAGCAGCAUUGACUACGUCUCAUACUUCAGCUAGCAGCGCCUUACUUCACUUUCUAAUGGAAACCAUCACGGCGGGCCGGGCAAAAUACCCCCCCCCCCCCCCCCCCCCGUUUCCCCCUCCUCUUCUUCUUCCCUUGUUUUCAAUCACACACACACGCACUCACGUCCCUAUUCUUGUAUCUGCCACGAUCUCUCCAACUAAGAAAAGCCACCCCAUAGGAAUAUGCAUACGAAGAUGAUGAUGAUCAUGAUGAUGAGGUAGUAGCAGCAGCCAGGCUUUAGUGUGUGAGACCUUGGAUACGAAAUUACGCCAACGUGAAAAAAUCAAAUCAUCAGCGUUUUGUGAUUGAAAAGGUGUGCAUGUGUGAGAACGGUCUUUCCGGGUCAUCUGUACUGUAGGGUGUUGUUUUUUUUCCCUUCUCUCCCGAGUGUUUUAAUGUACAGCUUCUCCUUCUUUUUGUUGUUUUUCUUAACUUAAAAACUUAACUAUUCAUGCAUCACAUAUUCAACGGUCAGCAGAGAUGAUGUGCCUGUGCCCAAAAGUAGGACGUAGUGCGCUAUAAAACCCCCCGGAAGCAAACGAAAUCCAAUUUUAGUUGACCAAACCACUGAAGCAGUCAGUCAGCAGUGUGUGUGUGUGUGUGCAGGUGAAACAAAAACGAACGAAUGAAUGCUAUUAUGCGCCGCUGCUCUCCUAUAAGUAAGUAAUCUGUUCCAAUAUUACUCCCUUACACUUCAACCCGGAUCCGGGAGGACUGGUAAUGAACGAACGAUCUUCGCUUUCCUUCCCUUUCGCUUCUAUGCGUGUCUCUGUGUGGUUUGGUUUGGUUGGUGCAAGAUCGCAGGAUUGGUUGUAACCGAUAAAGGAAUGGUUCGCAGUAGAAGGGGAAGCGAUUGGACGACGGUUGUGGUGGGAUAUGUGGAUUGCGGUCCAAAGGAGCUAUGUGUUGAGGGAGGAAGGAAAAAGUGCACGAGUUAGCUCACGUGAGUUUGAUAAUAAAUAAGCCACACACAGCGGGGCGCACGGCGCUUACAGUAGCAAGCCAGCCAGCAGGUCCCGAACCCCGAAGCAUGUUGUGUAAUGUAAAGUGUAAAACCGAAGUACUAAUAUUUAGCCGAUAGAGUUAACAGCCCGGGCCCCGUGGUAGCAGACGGGUUGCAGGUGGUAAUAUAAGCAGUAAAAGGACGGACGGACGUUGUGCAGCGCGAGCCGUUUAGUAAGCGCAAGAACUUUAGGUAAGCAGCGUGUCGUAAAACGCGCCACGAUCAGUUAGUGGUAAGUAAGCGUGAUAACCGCUGUGUGUGCGUGUGUGUGUGUGAAUAUGGUUGAAAUUAGGUGCGCUAGAAGUGGGGAAAGAAUGCGUGUGUGCAAGAGGACAAACCCACUCACAAACUCUUCGAAAUAUAAAGAAACUUGGAUUGGAAAAACAAAGCAAAAACCGCGCGAUAAGUGACAAAGAACGGGAACUAAUCAUACGAAUGAAGAGCAAUAGUAAUAGAGGGAGAAAACAUCAUAGAGAGAGAGAGAGAGAGAGAGAGAGAGAGAGAGAGAGAGAGAAUGAUUCAUAAGGGGAGAAGAAAAAAGGUUUUUUUUUUCUUACGUUCUUCAAGGAUCUAUGAUGGCGUUUGUGUGCACUGCUGGAAGUAUCUGUAUCCGUUUUGGAACAAUCUCUCUUUACAGGGUUUCUCAGGCCAGCUCAACAGUGUAACGCUUAUCCAACUUCGCGUAUGCAAUUCAACCUUGUUAACCCCUUUCAACAUCGGUAAACAGACUUUUCUUCUUCUUCUUCUUCUACUUCUUCCUUGGCACUAAAACCUCGAGAGGCCUCGCCGCCUGCCAUUUCUGGCUUUUUGUGACUUAAUUUUAGCCCUUAGCAAGGUAGUCAGCCCUGCGUACGGGGAGGCGGUCUGGAUGGGAAUUGAACCCCGGUCCUGCCGUGUGAAGACCGGCGCCGUUAUCGCCUCGGUCACCCGACCGCCCGAAAACUUUAAUAUUUAACUCCGUAAAAUCCCAACUCAACAAUGGAAAUAGGUCUAGCGGGAGCUAUUUUUGAAAUAAUCAUACUACUUGGUUUCGUAAUAUCAAUCUCGUAUCAAAUCAAAGAUUCAAUUCUUAUCAGUUGGGGUAAUCCGGAAGCGUAAGGUAGUUUCACCAGGCUCCGGUGGGCUGGUCACGUCAUGAGAAUGACACCGGACGACCCAGCCCGUAAAGUCCUUUCCAGGCCCAAACUGAGAUGGAGUGAUGGCGUUGAUGCGUCCACUAGAACGGCCGGGAUAAUGGAUUGGCAGACGACGGCGCUAAACCGUGAGCGGUAUCGAGGAUUAUUGCAGCAGGUCAAGACCGCAAAGCGGUUGUAGCGCCUGAUAAGGAAGUAAGUAAGUCCGGAAGCCAAGGCGAUUGCGGUGCCAGCAGGAUUGGAGAUGAAAUCCCUUCCAGACCACCUCCCUGUACGCAAGGCUGUAACAAUCCGGCUAGCCGAAAAUGAAUUAAAAACUGCAGACAGGCGAUCCCUUUUGAGGUUGUAGUACCAAAGAGAAAGAAGCGUCAGAAUAUCUCAACAAAAAACAAUAAAAAUCGAACAUAUUUUUCGCUACCGGGGGGACGACGACAGCCUAGAUGAGAUUUGUACCCGACCCGAGCAGCCCCUGAGAAGGGUUAACGAGGUUGAAUUGUUGUAUUCCCCGCACGUAGGGCAGACUACUUCACUACGGGUAAAAUCGAGUCACAGAAAGCCAGAAAUGGCCGACCGAGACCUCUCGAGGUUGUAGUGCCAAGGAAGAAAAAGAAGGUCCUUGCUGAGCGGCUCUCCUGUCUAUGAUUAGUCUUGCGUUCACUAGUUCCUUUUUUGAAAACGAAAGAGCAACUGCCAGCUCUCUUUUGGGGUUUGAAAGCUUUCCGCUCAUCGAGAGUAUUGUGAGCUGAGGAUGGGUAGUCAGAGCUAAAUCUUCCUUUUUUCACUAAGAACUCUUUUCACUCCCGGUAGCUCCGCACACACCGAGGGCGAAGAGGACGAAGAGUUCGCAAGCUAUAGCGCUCAGAGCCCUCAUUUUAAUGAGACGAGGCUUCCCGGUAGCUCUCGAGCUCACUACUACCCAACACUAGUUGCUUCAUAAAACAGUACGCCACACUCACCGCAAUAAUGGGGACUCCUUUCGUAUUUUCUUCACACUUUCUCACUCUGUAAGUUAAAUUCGUAUGUCAAAGAAGGUUGCCAGGUUGGUCUCCCUUUUCCUGAUGAUCUCUCGGUUGUUUUCCCACCCACAGAACCAGGAUAACUCGGUUGUAGUCUGUAGCCUGUGCUUGGUUUAGUAAGAAAAUGUCUGUGCAAUAGCAGGUCCAACACCAACCCACAAGAACACUAAAUGUUACCACACACCAGUAAUUGUUUUUUUGGAUGAUCAAUAGAGAAUCCUUCCCCACCAUCCAGACAUACACACACCCAUAAAUGGUAUAUAAAAAUGGAUUUCAUACGGACAGACGCAUCGCCGAUCGCCGCUCGUGAGAGAGGGGUUGGAAAAACCAGGCAGGGAUGUAUUUUCUUUCUCAAUAUUUUUUUUUUUAAAUCGAUCGUGUUCGCGCUUAUUUAGCUCAAUGUUGAAUGUCUGGCUCUUGGGAUGGAGUGAAUCACGUGCGAAUGGAGUUUGUACAAAGAGACACCGACCGACCGACCGACCGACCGACCGAUCGGGCGUGAUCAGUAGGCUUAAGGCAGUAGGGAAUAUUGGGGACGGAGGGGAAGAGGGGAAAAGGGGGGUAUAAGAACGACACCACACAAUAAGCAAUAGAUUCAACAGCAGAGGGAACACCUUAUUUGGGAGGAUGUGAUGAGUGUCCCCCGCGAUCGCCGAUCGCUUGCUCUUUGGUACAUCUUCAAACCACAAAGUCGCCAAUAUGAAGAAGUUUGAGCACACAACAGCAUGUGUAGGUAGGUGUCCGGGACCUUUUUUUUUUCCUGUGUGUAAAUUGUUACUGUGUUCCGAUGUAGGUUAUAGGGCGUUGCUAGGGCUUAGUUCCGCGCUGUGUUCCCCUUUUUGAGGAGAUCGAAGACGGACGGACUGGUGUGGUAAGGGUGUAGGCCCUUUGAAGCGAGCAAAGGAUUAGGAGGAUUUAAGUAGUAGAUUGAAGUAGUACGAUUCAUCCAAGGACACAGCUUAUCAGAGUGAAACGAAUACGAAAGGGGGAUAAUAAUGAUGGUGAAGAGCAGGACCCGAUCGCUUAGCUCGUAAGACAACACACAAUCGCUAGUUAAGUUUGUGGAAGGAAAGAAGCAUACUAAAGAUAAUAGCCGGCGGGCGUAGGGCAGUCGCCCAGGACGGAUCAGGACGACCUCAGAACCACACUGUCUGUCUCUCUUUCCUUCCUCUUCUUCUCACCACUAUCGGGCAACCCAAUGGCAAAGGCAAAAGAAAAUCGGAAUCAGAACACACCGGCAGAAUGGUGUGGUUGGUGGCAAAUUAAAACACGCGAGGAAUAGUUUGUAAAGUGAGUACAGAGAAAAGCAGAGUGUGAUCGAAGGAAACGCACGGACGACGGGCGAACGAUUGUAUUUAGGCUAAAUUUUGUGAAAUCACUGUGAAUAAUUACUAUUGAGAGGAUGGCGCGACGCGGACCCUUAGGAAUGCUAGGCGGGCAAAAGGGCACACGAAAGAAGGAAAAGGGGGGGGGG